UACACUAUUGUUACAGAAAACAGUACUUUUACAAGUUCAUGCAUGUCGUAGCCGGCCCCCAUGUACUGUCGGUCGUAUACCGUCAUAGCAAGGAGCUUCGUAAUAACGGCUGGCGAACGAACUCGAAUCCGUCUGCGGUAGGCCAAAUCUGGGAAAUGCUUAAUUUCCCUGUCCUGAAGAGUAAAAUUUGGUUAGUGUGCUGACCUGAGAUCUCAAAGAUGCAGCAGCAUCAGCAAGGUGGUUAUCCUCCUGUGUCAGGGGGAUAUCGGCAGGGAGGAGCACCUCAGGGCUAUCCUCAGCCCCAGGGACAGGUUGGUGGAUAUCCUCAGUCCCAGGGACAGGUUGGUGGAUAUCCUCAGCCCCAGGGACAGGUUGGUGGAUAUCCUCAACCCCAGGGACAAGAUGGUGGAGCUAUUUCUGCAGCAGCUCAGCCCCUUGUAGAUGCCACUGCUCCACCAGCAGACAAGAUGGAUUCCAUUUCAGGUUAUGCCAAUUUUGGUGCUCCACUAGCACCACCUGCCUAUGAUCAAAGUAUGAUGGAACCACCACAGCGUUCAGAAUUGCCCAAUAUGCCCACAGUGACAGUGGAGCAGGCAAGGGAGGCCCUUCUAAGUCACGUUGCUGAGAACUGUUGUUAUGGGAAAAAGGCUGCUCAAGAAAUGGUCUUCAAUGAUAUCAGUCAUUCUAGUGCAUUCCAUUAUAAGUUGGAAACAUUCACUGAAAAGCGGACAACUGCAUGGGCUUCAGAACCAUUCAGAGGGCAAAUGAUUGAUGGGCCUGCUAAUGGACCUGCCCCUGGGCCAUGGGAUAUGCAGUGCAACCCCCCUGCUAAAUUCAAGAACCACAAAACAGGCGUGGAAGUUCCCCAUACUGCAUCUGUUAAGCCAUGCCAUGACUGUGUGGGUAUUGGACGCAAACGUUGCCACUCAUGUCAUGGAGAUGGUAAUACUCGUUGCCACCACUGUAAUGGUAGUGGACAUGUCCACAGUCCUCUCCUACAUGAUGACGACCAUCAUGGACACCAUGGACACCACGGACACCAUGGACACCAUGGACACCAUCACCAUGACAACCAUAUUGAGUGCACAUGGUGCCAUGGCACUGGCCAUCAGAAGUGUCAAAAAUGUCAUGGUCAUGGACAAGUGACUUGUGGUAACUGUGCUGGGACUGGCAACCUUAAAGUUUUUAUCAAGCUCACCAUUGAGUGGUUCAACCACCUGAGUGAUAGUAUUGUGGAAAGAACCUCUCUACCUGAUGAGCUGAUUCGAGGUGUAACAGGAGAAGUUGCUUUUACUGAAGAGCAACCACGGGUCUGGCCAAUCAAUCAUUUCCCUGAUCAAACCAUCAAUCAGGCAUCCAAGCAAUUGGUGCAGCAGCAUACAACUGGAUUUCCCUUGGAACGCAUUAUUGCACAGCGCCACAGUGUCCGUGUUAUUCCUGUAGCUCAAGCAAUGUACAAAUGGAAAGAAACCCAAGGAAGCUUCUUUGUGUAUGGCUUUGAGCACAAAGUGUAUGCACCAGACUACCCCCAGCAAUGCUGCUGUGGAUGCACCAUUCUGUAAGCCCAUCAAGGGGAUACAACACAAAUCACCUGUGAACUGUGUGUAAUAUUGAUCAGUACAGAGUAAGUGGUUCAUAGAUCAUGGACCAAACUUAAAUCAUUCUGAAACCACUGUGCUGUUCUUAAAUUGAAAAUAUAUUUUAAAAUUCAAUUUACUUAAUGGUUACAUUUCUCAUAUAGAAACUGUUUCAGUUCACUCCACACACAGCUAUUUCCUUCAUACAUGUAGUUUUAAUUCCUCCAUACAUUUAGUCUGAAGUGAAAGCGUAGAAGAAAUAUUUUUCCUUUAACAAUUUGAUUGACAAAAGUGGAGAAGAAAAAGCAAUGGUGCGUAAAAUGUGUUUUGGUGAGAUUUUACCAACAUGAAUAUUUUCAAUUAUUGAACAUCUUGGAUUGAUCAUACAGCUGACUGAAAUCAAAUCAGAUGUCAAAAUUCAUGAUUAAAAUCAAUUUCCUGUUUUUAAGUGAAUUAUGUUAACCAUACAUGUAUCCAUAAACGUAUGCAUUGUUUUUGAAGAGAACAUAAACCUGAAAGGAAACAUGCAUUUUGACCAGCUACAUGUAAGAGCUACAUGUAUGUUGUGGCCAUUCAUUAGCCAGAAAUGAGAAAGCAAUUGUGUACAAUUAAUAGCAAUGAACCAAAAAUCACAUUUAAUUUUCAGUAUCCUACCUACUCAGUAAAAGUAGAAUCUGUAUUCGACUUUAAAAGUGCUUGCUCAUAAUCUCAACUUGCUUAAGAAUCAGCAAAUGAUGAUGUGUAUAGACCUACAUGUUGACGUAAUGCAGUGUUUACCGCAGUGCAUUGUGGGUGAAAGGUGGGGAUGUUGCAGGAACGCGUCGACGUGACACGUCAUGUGUAACGUAUACUAUAUGGCGUGUGUAUCAACCUGACACCAAAAAAGAAAAAAAUUACCGAUUACCGUCCGAAAUGGUCAUUGUGAACAGCUCUGUUCAAUUGGGUUUAUCAAGCACUCAACGAACGCCAGAGCUGUGUUUUUUUUUUUUAAACUUCUAAGAGACCGCAAACGGCGACAGAUUUCUGUGAGAAAUAAGGCUAUUUAUUUAUUUUCACAUGAAUCAUUUAAAUUUUUUAUUUUCUUCGUGUCAGGCCGAUACACACGCCUAUAGUAUACGUUACACAUAACGUGUCACGUUGA